GAUCUGUCUACCCCACAAACUUAAACUCAGAAAGAAGCUAAUCUCUGUGGUAAAGGAGAAAGGGAGAGUAAUGAGUGCAAGCAACGGAGGUGGGCCUUGUGGCGCCUGCAAGUUCCUGAGGCGUAAGUGCGUUAGCGGUUGCAUAUUUGCGCCCUAUUUUGACUCGGAGCAAGGUACUGCUCACUUUGCUGCCGUUCACAAGGUGUUCGGCGCUAGCAAUGCCUCCAAGCUUCUCUUGCGCAUUCCAGCACACAAGCGCCUCGAUGCCGUCGUUACUCUUUGCUAUGAGGCUCUUUCUAGGGUUAGAGACCCCGUCUAUGGCUGUGUCGGUCACAUCUUUACCCUCCAACAGCAGGUGGUGAAUUUGCAGGCCGAGUUAGCAUACGUCCAGGCCCGUCUUGCUACGCUGCAACGCCUUCCUCCGCUGCCUGUACCUCAAUCUCAGAGCUCAUCACCUACAAAUCGCCAUUCCUCAUCAGAUUUGGCAUCAUCCAGCUUUAACCUGUCCAUGCAUUUUGAUCCUCUGCAACCGCAACCAACAUCAGCAGAAUUAGCGAGUUAUUUCAAUCCGGUGGAUGAAGAACUCGAGGAUAAUGAUGUCCAAGCAUUGGCUAGGGAAAUCAUCUCUAGGUACUUGCCCGGAGUAAGAUUCCGGGCUUCAAGUCCUCACUAGAUUUUUAGCUCUCUGAUCUAUUAUUGUAUCUUUUAAUGAUGGGUUUUUUUGGGGGUCCAGUGGAAUUGUGAGUCAUCAGCAACUACUCCAUCGCUCGUUUUCUCAGCCUAAACUAUCAUUCCCAAUGUAAUGACCAAAGGAACUUGGACUACUUAUUGAACUUCGAAUGUUUCUGUAAAUUAAAGCUCAAGCAAGAGAGUAGUUAACCAAUUAAGUUCCACA